GGAUAUGCUUUUUCCUCAGGGAGUUUAAAAUUGAAGAUGGGAAAGCUGUAAUUCCAUUGGGUAUAACAGUACAAGGAGAUGUUCUCAUUGUUAUCUAUCAUGCGAGGUCAACACUAGGAGGACGACUACAAGCCAAGAUGGCCUCUAUGAAGAUGUUUCAGAUUCAGUUCCACACAGGUUUUGUACCCCGAAAUGCCACCACAGUGAAAUUUGCAAAGUAUGAUCUGGAUGCCUGUGACAUUCAAGAAAAAUAUCCUGAUUUAUUUCAAGUCAAUCUGGAAGUGGAGGUAGAGCCCAGAGAUAGGCCUAGCUGUGAGCAGCUGCCAUGGGAUAAUAUGAAUAUAAAGGGACUGAAUCCCAAGAUCCUUUUCUCCACUCGAGAGGAACAACAGGAAAUUUUAUCAAAAUUUGGGAAACCAGAGCUACCAAGGCAGCCGGGUUCAACUGCGCAGUAUGAAGCAGAAGCAUCCCAACUGGAUCUGUCCUCAGAAAGUGCCCCGACUGAGACAGAAUCCCCACACAGCAGUGGUACUGAUGCAAAUAACUUCUUUCAUUCUCUGGAUUGGAAAGAAGGAAAAAGUCCAGAAAGUGGAAUAGAUGAUAACUCGUCUAAAAAUGAUCACGUUCAACUGUCUGAUGAGAGAGAAGAGAGUGAUCCUUCAGAUGAGGAGUUCCCUACAUUUCCAGGUGAAGAAAGGGCAGUAACUGUUGAUGAGGGAGACUCUGUUACCCCAGGAGGAGAGAUGCUUUUUGAAGCUGGUUUUGAAGCUCCACCUGCACUAUUACAAAAAUCUCUCACUGAAGAGAAUGUAGAUCUACUGGGACUGAAUUCUGAUACUUCAACAGAUCAGAAACAACCUGUCUCAGAAAUAAACUCAUCAAGUAAUGCAGCCUUGUUGAACAAUCUUUUUGUGAGUGGUGCAUCACAAGUUUCAGAAGAGCCCACUGGAGAUCUCCUUGGACAAGGAGCAGAUUUCUUUUUCAGCGGUCAGCCUCAGCAUCCAGCUGCUACUCAGAAGACUUCAGCAGCAACUGUGUCUUCAGCUGAUCCUUUUGACCCAUUUACAAUGUCAUCUAGUUCUGAGAAUUCAGCGCUGCCUGGCCCAGACCUUUUUGGGGACUUUCUUAAUCCAAGCACAGCAUCUACAGCUAAUACGUUUCCUUCUACACAUAGUUCACUUCCACCUUCUUCCAGUUCAGAUUUCCUAAAUUUAGGAAAUUUGACACCAGAGCCACCUAAAAUAUCAUCUUCUACAAGCCAUCCAGAUCUCUUAGGUGGAUGGGAUUCUUGGGCAGAUUCUUCAGCAGCCAGCAAUGUAACAACAGCACAGCUGAAGUCUCUUUUCGAAGGUCAAGUUUUUACCACAGGGAGCCAGUCCAGUGUGUCUUCAGGUUCAUCCUCCAGCUGGGCUAAAUCUCAGAACUUUGAUCCUUUUGCUGAUCUUGCCAAUCUUGGAUCUAGUCUUCCAGGUUCCUCCACAGGUGGAUUCUCUUCUAGUGGGUUUGCUCAAAAAACUGUUCCAUCUCAGAAGUCAGGAGGUCAGUGGCAGAAACCCACAAAACCACAAAAUCCUUCUUGGCAGUCCCAAACUAAAUCUAGUACACAAGCUAAACCUAACUACACAGUGAACUUCAGUGUUAUUGGAGGACGAGAAGAAAGGGGAGUCAGAGCCCCAAGCUUUGGUCAAAAGCCAAAAGUUUCAGCCAAUGACUUUGAGGAUUUAUUAUCUAAUCAAGGCUUUUCAGCGAAAUCUGAUAAAAAGGGACCAAAAACUAUUGCUGAGAUGAGGAAACAAGAAAUGUCUAAAGAUAUGGACCCCUUGAAACUGAAGAUUCUUGAGUGGAUUGAAGGAAAGGAGAGAAAUAUCAGAGCAUUAAUAUCUACUCUUCAUACAGUGCUUUGGGAAGGGGAAAAUAAAUGGAAACCAGUUAGCAUGGCAGAUCUAGUAACUCCUGAACAAGUGAAGAAAUACUACAGGAAAGCGGUGCUUGUAGUUCAUCCAGAUAAGGCGACAGGACAACCUUACGAGCAGUAUGCCAAAAUGAUCUUCAUGGAAUUGAGUGAUGCAUGGUCGGAAUUUGAAAACCAGGGGUCCAAGUCUCUCUUCUAAAGUUCAUCUUUUUCGAACUGCUUCCAAAAACUGGAGCUGAGCAUUGGUUGUGACCUGUUUGCCUAUGAUUUAUGAAGUGCUUUUCCAUGAUUUCAGCACAGUUUGCAGUACACACUUAAAUGUGAUGACAUAUUUUGUAAGACAGAAGUAUGAAGCAUUACAUAGAUGCAUUAAGAAAACAACUGCUCAGUACUUGAAGAAAUCAUGGCCUGGGGAUAAACAUUUUCUUUCAGAUUUUAUAUAUAGCAAAACGGAAUUUUUCCAUGGUCUCUGGUACACUCGGAUCAAUUCUAAAUCAUUCCAACUCUAUUGAUCGUUGCUUUACCUUUCUCUACCACACUUUCAUUUUUUUUUUUCAGUCGUUUUGUGAUUCAGUUUUGUUGUUUUGUGCCUGUCGCCUUACUUGAAGGCGAUUUGAUUUAGUUAUCAACAGUGAAUUUCUUUGGCUUGUUUCAAAUCUGAAGGUGUAUAUUUUCAUCUGUAUUUUAUGUAAUCAAUCUGAUAAUCCUUCUGUAAAUAUUUUCUGACAAUACCUGUGUUCUUUACAAUAAAUUAAUAGGUUAGCCAAAAAGACCUCAAUUGUGAGGAAAGUCAACCAGGGUUGUUCCUGAUGGUUUUUUUUUAAUUAUUUUUUUAAAUUAUUCUUUACAUUAGGAAUCUAGAAACAAAUCUUGGCUUUAAAGUCUGCAUGUUCUUGCUAUUUUGUUAUUUAUUAUGAACCUUUGGAAGGCAUUACUCUUACCAGUGUUUAUUUUACUAAUUCUUUCAAUAUAGUUUUCUUCUGAUUUCAGUGGAACGUGCCUUCCAUUGGACUUAAGAUGCUCUGAUAGAAAUGUUUUUUCGAGACUUGACGUGGAAGCACAAAAUAUUUUGCUCUGUUUUGAUUUCUUAUGAGAAAGCUACAUUACUUGUUAUCAUGUGGAGAGUAUUUCGUAUUUUGCUGCAUGUCUGAAUUUCUGUGUUUUUGAGAUAUGCAUGACAUCAGUGUAUGUGCAAACAGGGAUAUAUUGGUAGUGUUGUAUUUCUGCUCAUCCCCUUCCAUGCACCAGCUAUACAAGAUGAGCUAGUACAGCUUGAGAGCAGAACUUGCUGUGUUUUUUCGUCUGUAUUCAGAUAGCAGCUAUUCACUUGAUCUGGGGUAGAUGAAUACAGUUGACCAAUGACUGUUAUGCUCCGUAGCAUAACAAAAUGCAAUCCUCAAAUCAAGUUUGAAAAUGUCAAAAGUCAGUGUUGUUGUAUUACAGCUUGGUAGCAGUCUCUUGAAAUAGUGUAGUUUGGCAUUCAACUGGUAAAAAUAUUUUAAUAUUGACAUUUUAUCUGGUUUUCAUGCUUAACUGAGAGGGAAGCUGUACUACCAAAGGUAAAAUCAUCUGAGCAGCAUCUGAACAGGAAAGAAGAAUAUUAUAAUGCCACCUGGAUAGUGUGUUGGAUGCAGUUUUCCACUGCCAAGCCAGUGACCAAACUUGUGAAUACAGUGUACAAUUCAGUCUCUAAGCUCUGACACAUUUAACUGCUUACCCAGUCUUUCAUCAACAGAGUAUGUACAUUUGCAUAUAUGUUCAGCUGCUAUAAUUUUUUUGAAGUUGGACACCUGCAGUGGAUCAGGAAGGUUGCAUGUUAUUCAGAGUAAUGGUUGCAGUUCAGCUGCGGUUUCGAAGCAGCUAGAAAGCAAGAAAUCUGAUGAGAUUUAAGAUUUUUUUUUUUCCCCUUGGGACACCUCAGCUGUCUACAGUAAUGGUCUGCAUCAUUAGAAAGCAAAGGCUUGUGGCAGGAUAAAUGUCAGAGACCUGCAUGUUUUUUUACAGUUCUAAUGUAAACUAUCUAUGGUAAUAAGUUUAAAAGCAGACAUGGAGUGCUGUGUACAGCUGUGAGAAAGUCUUUUUAAAGAGCUGCUCUCUCGUAAGGAAAAAAAUGUGAAGUCUACUUUAAAUGUCCAUACUACUUUCAACAUGUACAAGAAACUAAACUGAGACAUUUUUGUGCUCUUCUUGGACUGUGUACUAUUGGGGGAAAAAAAAACACCUGAAGUUUUGGAGGAAAAUAUCUUCCUCUGGUUGGUAGUGUUUUUUGUAUGGUAGCUACAUUUCUGUGGUUUUCUUUGUCCACUCUUGUUUGCAAAAGCUUUCUUGAACAUAAGAGAAGAACCUUAGGAUUUCAAGUGAGCAGGGAAAACUGUGUGUGUUUUAUAUGGAACUGAAGAUUUCUGCAAUUGAUUCCCCCUUUUAAAUAUCACGGAAACUCAUGAAAUCUGGCUCUUGGAAUAAUCUACAGCCAUUUGUACAGGAACCCUGAAAUUACAGUUUACUCAGCUCUGGUGUUUGGUGAAGGAGCUGUCUGGUUCACGUACGCUGCUCCUUUCUGCUUGAGUUCUAGUGAGAGGAAUCUGGGAGAGGCUCAGUGUUCUGUAAACUUUUGAAGUUAAGAUUUUACUGAAAUGUGGCUCUGUUGCAUCUUUAUAUUCAACUCAGUUAAAUGGCACAGUUAAAGUAAAUCAAAAUGUUUAAAUCGCCAAGAUUUAAGUGAUGAAUGCAGUAGAGUGAAAUUGUGUUUUCAGUGUAAGAUAAAAGAGAAGGAAGACCAUAAAAGGAGCCUCAUAGUUGAAGCCUAAACUAAAUUUUGUGAAUUAUGUGAAUGUGGGAAGAAGGAACUUAAAUUGUAUAUAGGCUUACACUGGCUUCUGAUGCUAGUCUUAAAUGAGAAGAUAAUUUGGAAGAAUAAUGUCUAAGAAUUCUUUUUUUUAUUUAUCUUAAAGCAGUAAUAAAAAAUGGUUAAAGACA